CUCCAGAAGCUCGAGACGCUGCCGACAGAGCGGUGAGCUCGCGCCUCCGUGUUCCGGAUCUUUACCGUCUCUGAUGGACUUCUGACAUAAAGACGCGGAAAACACGCAGCUAUCCGCCUCCUGCGACCCCUCAGUGAGGUAGACUUGAAUUCUUCCCCCACGAGUGUCGGCGUGUGACUUACCCCGUGGAUGCGGCUGUCGGGGUCGGUGUCUGGAGCCCUGCAGGAUCGGCCUGUCACCGCUUAGGGCAUCAUCAUGUCUCCCCACAAGUGGAUGAGGAAUAUUUCUCCUGAGAUGCUGCUGCUGCUUCUGGUGCCCAUGCUGUGUUUUUUACCUCAGACCGGAGCGGCUCCUUCUCCCACUACCGAGCAGCUGGACAUGGGGGUGGACUGGCUGAGUAAGUUCGGCUACCUCCCUCCUCCUGACCCGGUGACCGGCCAGCUUCAGACCAAGGAGGCCCUCACCAAGGCCAUCAAAGCCAUGCAGAAGUUUGGAGGGCUGAAGGAGACCGGAGUCUUCGACCAAGCCACCCUGGGUCUAAUGAAAACGCCCAGAUGUUCUCUGCCAGAUGUGUCUGAGGUGGAGGGGACGACGGGUCGAAGGAAACGGAGCUCGAACCCUCAGAACAAAUGGAAUAAGAGGCAUCUAUCCUGGAGAGUGAGGACCUUCCCGAAGGACUCGGCCUUACUGGGCAGGGACACCGUCCGGGCCCUGAUGUACUACGCUUUGAAGGUGUGGAGCGACAUCGCGCCGCUGAACUUCCACGAGGUGGCCGGCAGCGACGCAGACAUUCAGAUCGACUUCACUAAAGCCGACCACAAUGACGGAUAUCCCUUUGACGGACCGGGGGGAACAGUGGCUCAUGCGUUUUUCCCCGGAGAGAGAUUCACAGCUGGAGAUACACACUUCGAUGACGACGAGGCCUGGACCUUCAGAUCUCCAGAGACUCAUGGGAUGGAUCUGUUUGCGGUUGCAGUCCAUGAGUUCGGUCACGCCAUCGGCCUGGUCCACACCUCGGCCAUCGAGUCCAUCAUGAGGCCCUACUACCAGGGUCCUGUGGGAGACCCUCUGAAAUACGACCUGCCCUACGAAGACAAAGUCCGAGUCUGGCAGCUUUACGGGGUUAGAGACUCAGUGUCCCACACAAACCAACCAGGAAACCCCUCCCAGACAGCCGAACCUCCCGUCCUGCUGGACCUUCCAGAGAACAGAUCCACACUCCUGCUGGCGCGAGAUGCCCCGGACAGAUGCACCAGUCAGUUCGAUGCCGUGGCCCAAAUACGAGGGGAGGCCUUCUUCUUCAAAGGGAAAUACUUUUGGCGACUAACUCGAGAGAAGCACCUGGUGUCUCUUCGUCCAGCUCAGAUUCAUCGUUUCUGGAGGGGCCUUCCUCCCAAUCUGGACAGUGUGGAUGCUGUGUAUGAGAGACCAGGGGACCACAAAAUAGUAUUUUUCAAAGGUCUAAAAUAUUGGGUAUUUAAAGACAAUAAUGUGGAGGAGGGUUACCCACGUCCAAUCAGUGACUUCGGUCUACCGAUGGAAGGAGUGGAUGCAGCCUUCGUCUGGCUUCACAACGACAAAACCUACUUCUUCAAGGACAACCACUACUGGCGCUACGACGACCACCAGAGACGAAUGGACCUGGGCUACCCUAAAGACAGCACGCUGUGGAAGGGGCUGCCGCCACAGCUGGACGACGCCAUGAGGUGGUCUGAUGGCUCGUCCUACUUCUUCAAGGGGAAGGAGUACUGGCGAGUGCCGGGCAGCGACAUGGAGGUGGAGGCGGGAUUCCCUCGCCUCAUCGCUAAGGACUGGCUGCUGUGCACCGAGAUGCAGGCGGACUCUCCGGACACGGAGCCCAAAAACACAGAGACGAGAGUCAACGUGCACCGACACCCGGACCACGCGGAGAACGGAUACGAGGUUUGCUCCUGCACCUCGGACACCGCCUCGCCUUUAGGUGUUGGCCUCUCCCCGUCUCCUCUCUGGCUGCUGCCGCCUCUCUGGACGCUGUCGCUGGCCCUCCGCUCUGAGCCGCUAUGAUGCUAAAGCUCGGGUCAACAUCCUCCAGCUGGGUGCAGCAGAGAGACUCGCUGAUGGAGGGCCGGCGGACGCUCAGCCAAAACACAAAUGGGAAAAUUUUGUUCAUAUAAAUAUGGAUUGGUAUGUUU